UGCUCGUUAGCUUUAUAUGUACAAAGAAAACAACAAGUCUCAUGUUUCAGUCAUUUAUGUCAAUGUGUUGAAGGAAAAUGGAGGUUUUUAACCAACUUGUUUUGGAAUACCCCCAGUUGGUGUACGGAGGGGUCGGAACGGCGUUGGUCGCCGGCGGAGCGCUCGUCUAUAAGAUCGCGACCAGAAAGAAACCCACACAUGCUCAUGUCAACUGUUGGUUCUGCAACCAGAAUACAGUGGUGCCCUAUGACAACAGGAACUGCUGGGACUGUCCUAACUGUGACCAGUACAAUGGCUUCCAGGAGAAUGGCGAUUACAACAAACCCAUCCCAGCUCAGUACAUGGAAGAUCUUAAUCACGGCGUGUCCGCAACUGUUCCCUUGUCUGAGGCGCCCAAGUCUCUGCAGUGGGUCAACUGUCAGAUGCUACUGUGCAGAAAGUGCAACAACAACCAAUCUGCCAAGAUUAAGCAGUUGGCUUCAUUCAUCCCAAGGGAAGACGAAAACUACGAUGAGGAGAUAGAAGCAUACAAGCAUCACCUUGAACAGACAUACAAGUUAUGCAGGCCAUGUCAGACGGCAGUGGAGUACUACAUCAAAUACCAGAACCGCCAACUCCGCACUGUGCUCUUAAACCAUCAGCUCAGACGUAGCAGAGAGUCUGACAAGGCCAUUGUAAAAAGCUCCUAUUACCUCAAUACGCCAAUGGGAGUGAUACUGAUGCGUGCUUUGGCUUUUGUCAUCUGUGCCUUUCUGGUCGCUGUGGUUAUAUGUGGGUCAGUAGACCUGCAGUCUGCCUUUCUACACACACAGCAAACAUUAAGCGGAGGGGUCAUUCCUCCUAAACCUGGUCCUUACAACGACUCCACCCCUAAAAAUGAGAGCAGUGGAGCUGGACAUGUGUGGCAGCAUCUGCUUGACCUGCUACCAAACAAGACCACUGAGAGGGCGGAGCUGGCUUGGCAGUACGGACGGGACAAUCAAAUGGCCGUAACCGCUGUUGGCCUGUUGACCUGUGUCACUGCCAUCAUCCUUGCAGGACGUGUCAGGUUGAGGAGGAUUGAUGCUGUGGCCUCUGUGUUAUGGCUCCUACUUCUGUGCCUCUACUUGGCUGAGAGCUACCUGAAUUGCGUCUCUGAGCAGCUGGACACAGCCAAGCUCAGCACCACCGUCCUCUGUUGCCUGGUCAGCUUUGCUGCUGCUGUGGCAACCCGCAAAUCCAUGUGCCCGCGGAGAGCCAGAGGCCGAAGAUACCUUGCAGGCAGCUUUAUGGGUCCUCCUCCCCUCAGCGGCCAGCAUCUGUCUUACAUCUCCAGUGACACAUCUGACUCCUUCAUCCCUGCCCCACCACCCAACCUCUCCAAGCUCAUCAGCCGCCAGCGGGGCCCCCGGGAACGCAAGGCCUCCCCAUCCUCGCUCCCUGGACGUCUGAACAGAGCCCUCUGCCUUGGCACCAUGCCAUCACUGAUCAGAACAGAUUCGGGUUAUCUGUUUAGUGGGAGCAGACCUCCAUCACAAUGCAAAGACUCCCCGCCUUCAGACUACUUCUCACUGCAAUCGGGGAGCCGCCCAUCAUCCCCAGGCCCGUCGCCUACUCCCUCGGUGGCCGGUUCAGUCACGUCAAGCUCUGGCUCCGCCCACCAUCGCCGUCCCCUUAUCAGCCCUGCCCGCCUCAACAUCAGCGGGAGGAGACUCCAGCUCUUUCCUCCAGAGGCAGAGCACCCCAUGUCCCGCACUGUAUCCCCUACCCGCUUCUUCCAUGAGCCUGCCCCUUCUGUGUUAAGCAGCCAGUUUUCCCCAGACACAUCGCCCUUCCAAAGCCAAAAUGAUUUGAGUUCCUUACGGAGGAAGGGAAGCGUAAUCGAGGGGAGGAGAGGCAGCUCCACUGAGUCCUCAGCGUGCAUGGUCGACACUACCACGAACGGACCAGAGAGCACUCCUCCAUCAAAGGGUUUCUUGAGGCAGUUUAUCUGCCCUGGGUUAUUGUUUGUAAGCCUGAGUGCCAACCUGUUAGUCGCCUCUCUCUACAUAUACCACAACUGGGGAUGAAGCACUGACGCCUUAACAGUUGUCGUCUACCCGACCACCGCAGAAUCAGUCGGCCUCGGGGCCGAUCAUGACACUGACUCCUCCGCAGACAGGGGUCUUCCCACAGUAACGGAGAAUGUAUUUUUGUUUCAUUUCAGGUUUUAUUUUAUUCCCCCUGCCUCUCUUGUCAGUAACUGCUAUGGUUUGCUCAACCAAAACCAAAACACUAAUACUGGCUGGCAGAUUUUUGACAGUGCAUCUUCUUUUUGAUCAGUUCUCAAAAAAAAAAAAAAAGCGAACACAGAAAAAUAUAAAGUUACGCUGACAACUUUGUGAUUGUCUGGCUUUGGUCUCGUUUCCCUGUAAUGUGAUCUGACCUUGGUUUUGAUGGUUUGCUUCAGUUUCUCAGCACAAACUCAAAAAAAAUUGCCUCUGACUUGAACACAGAUGCAUGAGUGAAUACUUAAAAAAAAAAAAAAAACUUGUCUCAUUGGCACUGGUGUCUGGUUUAGCCCAUGCUGUGAAAUGUGCAAUAAAUACGUACUGUCGGAAACCAUGCUGCUUUUACUGUCAGGUUCAUGUCU